AUGUCGAAAACCAUGGAUUCGAGCGGAACUUCCCAAGAGAUCACUUAUCCUUUCGCAUGCACUCGAUGUCCGAGAAGAUUCGCUUCGUGGCACGCCUUGGGGGGACACCAAAACGCUCACAAGAAGGAAAGAAACGAGGAGCAGCGACUGUACAACGAGCGGCGCUUCGCAUUCAAGAAGCGGUCUCCUCCGAUGGUGACUAUUCCAACUGCGGAACCGGUGAUCAUGAUACUGAACAGUUACUCUUCGGCGGGUAACAAUUUGUGUCGAGAAAUCAAAGACUCGCGUACUCGUAACGAGGGUGGUAACAGGAAGGGAGUGGUGUUGAACUUGUUUGUGUAA